AUGGAGGAAACUCUGGAACAUAUCCGCGCAGCCAUCUUCAGCCGCCUCACCUCCUACUCCAUGGUCGUCGUCACCCAAGCCUUCGCCGGCCACCUCGGCGACGUUGAGCUCGCGGCUAUUUCAAUUGCCUAUAACUUACUGAUUUGCCAGUUAGGCAUGGCCAGUGCUUUGGAAACUCUAUGCGGGCAAGCUUUCGGGGCGGGACAGUACUACAUGAUGGGCGUAUAUCUGCAACGUUCAUGGGUUGUUCUUUUCCUCUGCUGUGUCCUCGCACUGCCCAUAUUUAUCUUCGCGUCUCCGAUGUGGCUGAGCUCGCCGGUACCGUGGCUCUGUGAGGUUCUUGCUGAGCCAGUGAAGUCGGCGGUGCUUGCCUGGGUGUCUCUGGCGGCACUUGCAGAGCACGUGAUUGUGAGCUGGGUGGUCGUAUAUGGGUGUGGGCUUGGAGUGGUUGGCAGUGCGGUUGCUUUGUGCUUUUCGUGGUGGGUUCUGACACUGGGUUUGUUUGGCUAUACUGUUGUGGGGGGUGCCCUCUUACUUGGACAGGCUUCUCCAUUCAAGCGUUCUCUGGUCUAUGGGGACUUCUUCAAACUCUCCGCUGCCUCUGGGGUCAUGAUCUGUUUAUAA